GGGAGAUAAAGAGACGGUCAUGUGCAAGGCACGUGAUCUUCAUUGCGUAAUAAGUUUUUCAAAAGACCAAACUCUCAGUGUGACAUUUCGUCGAGCACCUAGCGUGCGCUCCAGGCUUCGUAGAUUAACCUCCGAACUUUGAAUCGUACCUCUCACUACUCUCUUCUCUAUGUAUCUCUCGCUGCAAGACAAACACAUAGUAGAAGUAUACCAUGAUCAUUUUCCAAGUAAGGUUUUUCUCAUCCUCUCUCACCGUUACCAACAUUUCAUAUUUCUUUGUCUCUGAAAGCUUUCUUGAUGUGAUCACCGACGAAGAAGUCGAGAAGACGGAAGCGGAGGUGAGGCCUAGAAAGAGGCGGAGCCAUUGCUCAAAUAGCGUUUGAAGUUUUGAUCUUUGAUGUAAAAAUUUGUGUUGAACUAUGAGAGAAAAUAGUUCAUUGAAUGUCUCUGUGUGUGCAAUUUUGGAAUGUUUUUUCGUUGAUAAAGUGAGACAACUAAUCUUGGAUUAGUGAAGUAAGAGGGUUUUCUUUUGGAUUAGAGAGAAAUUGACUUCCUAACAAUUUGUAAAAAAUGUGUUUUCACCACUUUC